UUUGCGGAGAUGCUGAGUGUAUGUUUAUCUGUGACCGCUGAUAGGACUUUUAAAGUGAACUUCGUGUUUAUUUGCGUUUUUUUUCCUUUCCUCUUUAGUUAUUAUCAGUUUCAAAAACUGAUGCUAAAGAAUGAUUUUUUCUAUCUGUGAGUGCAUUUAAUACUUAUUUAUUCAAGAAUGGAUACAGUUUCCAGUGUAUAUUACCAAGUUUCCUUUUACAAACUAUAUUUGAGUGUUGAAUUCUCUACAGUAUUGUGGAUUUUAUGUGAUGCAAUAGUGAUUCAGACCAAUCAUGGACCAGUGAAAGGAUAUGAAUCAAAUUUGGAGUCCGUUUCUAUUAAUAUUUUUAAAAACAUUCCGUACGCAAAACCUCCCACAGGAAAUUUAAGAUUUGAGCUUCCAGAGGAUGUAGACUCAUGGUUGGAUCAUGAGGAUUUAAGGCAAGAGGAUGACAUUCUUUGUCCACAACCUUCUACGAAUCGACACGGGAAGAUGAAGAAGAGAGAUAGUUUUAUGGGACAAGAAGAUUGCUUGCAUUUGGACGUUUAUGUUAGAAAUAAUUCGGAAACAGCAGAUUUGCGACCAGUCCUGAUAUAUUUUCAUGCUGGUAUGUUUUCCUACGGCAGUAAGAACGAGUAUCACCCGGAGUUCUUAUUGAGUUUACAUGAUAUAAUAGUCGUCAUUCCCAACUAUAGAUUAGGGAUAUUAGGCUUUUUGAGUGGUGUAAGUUCAGAGCAUCCAGCUAACCUGGGCCUGUGGGAUCAGAGAAAGUGCAUGGAGUGGGUACAUAAGAACAUAGAAAGUUUCGGUGGAGACAGGAACAGAGUCAUUAUCUCUGGACACGAUGCCGGCGGAGCUUCAGUUGGUUUCCACAUUUUAUCACCAAAGUCACAUCGUUUUUUCAGUGGUGCUAUUUCCGGAAGUGGAACUGUCCUGGAUCCAUGGGUUUUCGGUCGACCUAGAACAGCUGCCUUCUCUGCCGUUGAGCAGAAAAUUGGAUGUCACCAAAAUUUUAGUGACGUCAUGACUUGCCUCAAAAUGAGCGACCUGAACAAACUUUUAAGGACUCAAAUAACAUUGAAAAAGGAUCAAUUUCUUCCAACUGUGGAUGGUCACCUGAAGCAUUCUUUUAUUCAAGAUACACCACAGAAACUCUAUCAGAUGGGUUACCAGAAAAAUGUUUCGUACUUGGCUGGAGUCACAAGGAACGAAUCAUCACUCGAGAUAAAUCGGCAUUUUCACGAGGCACUAAAACACAAGCAUUUGGAUUCCAUCGCCAAGCACUUGUUGGAGCCUCAUUUGAGAGGAUCACCUGAGUUGUCCUUGAUAGCCAAAGCAGCAAAGUAUCAUUAUCUCAGAAGAGCUCAGAUCCCUACUUUUGAAUCAGUCAAACCACAAAUGGAAAUGAUGUUGAACGAUUUCCUCUACAACAGUCCUCUGCAUACUACACUAAGUCUGCACAGUGUGAGAACGCAAUUCACCUAUAUGUACGUCUUUGCUUUUGACAAUGGAAAAUCUCCUCUAGGAGUGACUCACAUGGAGGACGCUUUCUAUAUUUUUAACAAAACACUCGAAAAAUCAGCACCAGAGAUAAAUAAUGAGACUGCUAACGUCAGAACAUUACUGUGUGAUGUGUGGGGAAACUUCAUUAAAUCAAAAUUGCCAGGAGACUCAUCAGUUUGGAAGACAUUCCGGAGCAAACAUCAGACGAAUUAUGUAGAGAUUACAGAAAGUUCUUUCCAUAAACUGAAUUACAGAUGUGAAGCCAUGGAAUUCUGGAAUCUCCUAAUUCCAGAUUUAAUAUACUAUCACAAUUUAAGCACAGAGAAACCCAAAAGGGAACCUUUCCAAGAAGAUCCCAGCUACACGGCAUGGGGACUUGCUGGACUGGCCAUUCUUAUGAUGGCUCUCUGUGUGUCCAUGGUGGGAGUUGUAACAGUGGCCCGAAGAAGAUACACCCAGUCCUCCAUUCUGCCGAUAUCAUCCACGAGAGAAAAUGUACAGUAUUCUAAAGUGACCUAGGGUCAGGGUUGACUGUGUUUCGCUUAAUACACAACCGGUUUAAACGUAUAUAAUUUUGCCCAAAAUUGUUCCAAAAAUAUAUUUGUCAUAAUUUCUAUAAGCUAAAAGUUUAAAACUCGAUUAUAAAUAUAAAAAAAAUACAAUAUAUUUUUAAAAUCCAAGUCAAAAAUUAAGUCCUAAUGUAUGCACAUUAGGAGGAGACAAAACUAUUAAAAAAAUUGAUUUCAGACGGAAACAAAGAGCAGUUAGUAGGCGAUUAUUAGAGCCACCUCCAGGUUUCAUUAAAAAAACUAAUUAUUCAAUGAAGUGGCAAAGUCAUGGGAUUCCAGAUAAUGUGGUGGACACCUUAAAGCCCAGAGAAAUCCAACAACUCGACCAUACUUCAAAGCGUAUGAUUACCACCUAACACUUGGAAUCAGGGCCUGGGACCUGUAUCUGAAGGGGCACUAAAAAUGUUUGUUAUAAAACAUUUUUACCUUAACCCAUAUCAAGAGUAUUUCUCUACCUAUAAAUCUAUAUUUGAGAUGCAUUCUACAAUUUUUGAGAAACAUUAUUAGUUAGAUUAAAGAACAAUUUUUUAACAAUUAUUAAUUUUUCAAUGAAUCAAUUUUUUAAUCAAUUAUUAAUUAGAUUAUAAUUAACCGAAAUCAUCCAGUUUCUAUGCUUACACCAUAUUUUUAUGAAUAAUGUAAUUAUGAAGCUUUCUUAUAUACUGUCAAAAAAUACCGCUAGUAUUCUAUACUAGAUUCAUAAUCAGGAAACUCUUCAUUAGAAAGCAUAACUUUUUAUAUUUACUCAGAUUUUGAUUAUAUUUUGGAAAAUUUCUUUCCACAGAGAAUUUUUUUAGAUUUUUUAAUUUCGAAAACAAAAAACAGUAUAUUUUUUGAAGGGACUACUAAAUUGAAAUUCAGGCUGAAUUAACCUCAGCGACCCCAGAUUGGACUAUGACUCCUCUGGUCAAUCAAUUCAUUUUUAGUUAACUACGGUUCCACAGACAAGUUAAAGAAGGCAGGAAAAGUGCAGUACUCGUUAAGCAAAGGCACUCAAGUCUGUUUUCUAAAAGCAUACUCCAACAAAACCAAAUUUUUACACAGCAUCCACAAGGCCACGUCAGUUGUAUACAACUUUGGGUAUCAGUUGUAUACCCAAAGUUGCUGUUAAUUUAACACAGAGUUUCUUGACAGUGUAGUCACAACUAUAUGCACAGUCGAUAUUAGUACGUCGCGCAUGAUGAAAAGUUAUGUCUGAAAGAAGUAUUCGCAACAAGCAAUUGACACUGUGGUUUGUUGAAUUCUGUAACAAUAUUCAAGAUGUUAUGCCACAUAUUUUCUGCAUUAAAAGCAGGUUAAGACCCA